AUGGCCAAUGGGGCAUGUUGUUACAGUAAAAUUUUAACUGCCUUUAUAGACGAUAAAAAAUAUGGUAAAUGUUUAAAGUUGACAUCGCGUAAACAACUCCUUCAUCCGUCUUCUGCUUUGGUACUUAUUUUUUUUAAAAAAACCCAGUCUUCAAAUUUGCAGCCUUUUAUUCAUUCCUUUAAGUUUUUUUCAAAGUUUUCUGAUAUUCCUGUAACAUUAUUUUGCAAUUUUCAUUCAAAAAACUGCGGUUUUAUAAUAACCAUCGAACAAGCAACAAAGGGUGGUUUUUUGAGUCAAUUACUCUUCAGACCAUCGAAUCUAUUCCCCUUAGGUCAAAUAAAAUUCCUUCGAUUUUUCUUCAAAUCGCUUCCUACGGAAAAAAAUAAAUCAAAGACUCCAUUUUUAGCUAUUAGAAGCAGAGGAUUUUGUCGCAUUUUACUACAAAGUACAAUCAAAGCUGGAAUACACAGGUUCAUGAAAUUGGGCGCUCAAAAAGGAUUUUUUUGGUUGCAGCGGUUUUUCAGAGAAUCUAGUAAUAAACUAAUUGACCUACUGUGUGCUUCCGUGGCCAAUCUAAGCAUUAACCUUACAUUGUUUAAAACUCGAGUCGUUAGGUAUUUAUUUCAAAUGGGUAACCUAAAUGCAAAAUGCCAAAACAAAUAG